GCGCCCACCAUGGGCACAGCCGUAAUGUCGGCGCGGGAGCUCGUGGCCUGCCUCUGCCGGGAAGGAGACCAGCGCCUGGCCCUGGGAGAGCCCCUCCUGGCCACCGCCUUCUACCUGGCUGCCUUCAGCUGCCACGCCCCCUCGGCCGUGCGGAGCGUCAGAGCUGCCCUGGCUGAGGCUCGAGGGGCACCCGUGGUGGCCACCCUAGAGGCCUGGUGCCGCGGUGACAGCCAGAUCCCCGCCAUCCACUGGGACGGCAUGGCGGUUGUCUCCCUGACGGGGACCCUGGCCUCCGCAUUCCUGGCCAGCCUCUGCCCGGACCACCCCGCCGCUGUCCUGCACUCCCUGGCCAGCCUGCUGGCUCAGGGGCGCCACCAGGAGGUGGUUCAGCGCUGCAGCACCUUGCUGGAUGCUGGCUCCCAGCAAGCCCUGGAGCUACAGCUGACCCGCGCCCUGGCCUGGAUCCUGUCCGGGGUGCAGGUGGACGAUGGCGUGGCAGACUAUCUGCAGGCCUUUGCCUCCAGUGCAGACCGGACCGUGGCCUUUGUUCGAUCCCAUCAGCAGCCCUACCUCCCCGUGCUGAUCAGCACCCUGCAGGACUAUAUCUCAGGGCACCAGGAGGCGGACAGCAUUGGCCAGCAGGAGGCCGGCUGCCAGGGACUCCUGGCAGCCCUGGACCCUGGGGGCAUGUGGAGUGACGCCCUGUCCCCGGAAGUCCUACUCCGCAGUGGCAGGUAUGAGGACUGCCGGUUGGCGUGCAGCCGGGCCCUUGAGUCUGACCUGACGGGCAGCCCACCCCAAGGUGAGCAUCGGGCCGCUCUGCUGGUCACCCGCGCAGCCGCGGCCUUAUUGCUGGACAGUGGCGCCCGGGACCUGCUUCGGGACCUGCAUGAGGCCUUCCGACAGAGCCCCUCGAGGGCGCGGAGGCAGUUGGAGGCGGUGCUCUCCGCGGAGGACCGAGAGCGCGUGCGGGCUCAGGCGCAGGAGGCAGCGGACCUGGGCUUCGCCCACUUCCAGGAGGCCGUGCGGAGCCGCGCUGAGCUCCGCGAAAACUCGGGCCUGGAGCUGCUGGCCCCGGUGACCUGCGCGCUCCGUGUCCUGCUGCGCGUUGCGCCGCCUGGGGUGCGCCGGGCACUGGGCACUCGCUUGGCCGAGUGCCUGCUGCUGGCGGGGGACGCGGCGGGCGCCAGGGCGCUGUGCGAGCGCUUGCUGCGGCCUGCGCGCCCCGAGGACCGUGCGGACUACCGCAUCAGGGCCCACACCGGAGACCGCGCGCCCCUGUUGGUGCUGCGCGGCUUCUGCGCGCUGCACGCCGGCGAUGCACCGCGCGCCCGGGAGGACUUCCAGGAGGUGGUGGAGCACGCGCCGCCGCACCUGGGCAGCUGCGUGCGUGCGCUGUGUGGCCGAGGGCUGUUGAGGGUGCUGGAGGGUAGCGCGUUCCUGGGUGCGCUGGACUAUGUCACCGCCUGCCGCCUGCACCCCGAGGAGGCACUGCUCGUCGCCAAGGCCUACGUCCCCUGGAACCAGAGGGGCCUCCUGCUGACCGUGCUGCGGGAGGAGGGCCGCAGGAUGCUGCAGCGGAGGCCAGACCUGGGGCUCACGGGCGCACGGGGCCGCCGGAGUAAGGCCGUGGAGAUGGACAGCCCCGACGCGCAGGAAGGGGAUGCCCAUGGUGUGUACCAGCUGGCCACGCUCCUGGUGGAGCUGGACAGGGAAGAUGAGGCGUCAAGCCUCCUGGGGGCUGAUGCCCUGUACCGCCUGGGCCGUCUGGAGGAUGCCCACAAGGCCCUGCUGCUGGCCCUCUCCCGGAGGCCCCACGCGGCCCCUGUGCUCGCGCGACUGGCCCUGCUGCAGCUGCGGAGGGGCUUCUUCUACGAUGCAAACCAGCUGGUGAAGAAGGUGGUCCAGUCCGGGGACACGGCGUGCCUCCAGCCCACCCUGGACGUCGUCCGCCACGAGGACCGGCAGAUGCUGCGGGGCCACUGCCACGCUCGGGCCCUGGCCAUCCUGCGGGCGCGGCCCAGCGGGGCCGAGGGCACAGCCCGCACCAGGGAGGCCAUCGCCUACCUCUCUCUGGCCAUCUUCGCUGCAGGGAGUCAGGCAGUUGAGUCCCUGCUCAUCCGAGCCCGCUGUUACGGGCUCCUGGGCCAGAAGAAGACGGCCAUGUUUGACUUCAACUCAGUGCUGCGGGCUGAGCCGAAGAACGUGCAGGCGCUGUGCGGUCGGGCACUUCUGCACCUGGCCCUGGGCCAGCAGAAGGAAGCUGUGGAUGACAUCCUCUUGGCUCUGAAGCUCGACCCCAGGAGUGUGGUCCCUGAGAUUCGCUCUCUGAAGCCGGAGGCUCAGGCCCUCAUCACCCAGGGCCUCUGGUCCCGCUGCCAGGCUCUCCUGAGCCAGCCGCUGGACACUGGGGCUCCCCUCAGCGACGAGGACGCCCGGGGCCUCCUAGCUGUGGGGGAAGCGCUGAUCAAAAUCGAUGCCGGGCAGCCAAGCGGACACAUCCUGCUGGCAGAUGCACUCACUGCAAUGGGCAGCUAUGAGGAAGCUGGCGCCUGCCUGCAAAAAGCCCUGCAGCCCACCCCACGGUCAGAGGCGGCCCGCGCCCGGCGAGGCCUGCUCCAGCUCAAGAAGGGAGACGUACCCGCUGCCGUGCGGGACCUGCAGUGCCUGGCCGAGACGGAGGCCCAGGAGCUCGGCUUCCUGCUGCGGCGCCUGGAGGCCUCGCAGCGGCAGAGCCUCAGCCAGGCUGCGGCCAAGGAAGCCAACACCCUCCUGAACUCAGGGCAGCCCGGGCGAGCGCUGGGCUACUGCUCACUGGCAGUCCUCGCUGGGGGCAGCAAUGCCUGUCACCUGCGCCUGAGGGCCACCUGUCUGGCCGAGCUGCAGGAGUUUGACCGGGCACUGGAGGACCUGGACCAUGUCCUCCGGAUGGAUGUGGGAGCCCGCGACCUCCCGACGCGGGUGGAGGACCUGUGCUCCCAGGGCCGGCUGCUGCUGAGCCUGGGCAAUGGGGCCAGGGCCACAGGGGCCUUUGCCCAGGCCCUCAAGCUGGCACCCACCCUAGCCCAGAGCAGCCUGUGGGAGCGGCCGGGCCGGGGCCCCACUGCCCAGGCGUUCCUGUGCCAUGGCCAGACCUGCCUGGGGGAGCAGCGCUAUGCAGAGGCCUGGACGGCAGCGGAGAGUGGCCUGCUGGCAGACCCUGAGCACAGCGGCCUGAAGAGGCUGAAGGCGAGACUCCAGAAGGAGGCAUCCUUGGGCUGCAGGCUCCACUGACCCCAUGCUCUCGAGCCCCAGAUAGGCGCCACCCGGCCAUUCCACCCCAGAUGGGCUCCUGAGCAGCAGGAUACGGUGGGCCUAACUGAUGUAGGUCAGACUCGGCUGAGAAGAGAGACUCUAUGGACUCACACAUUUUAGGUUACUGAGAAAGUGUGACAGCCUAUAGAUAGUAUUACCUCAUCUUAAGACAACAAAGCUAUAAAUUUUUUGGAGUUUCUUGCAUGUGAAACAGCUCUUGGGUCCAAGAGGAGAUCACAUCUGAAAUCAAAGAAAAUUGAAAAACUAAUCAUAACAAAACCCGUGGAGAGAAGCACCUGCAGGAUGCAGCCCCAGCGGGGCCCCGGGGAAGGUCCGACCCCAAGCAGAUUACUAAGCAAUGGAAAGAAAAUGAAGUACGUGUUCAGUUCGAGAAGUUAGAAAAAGACAAUAAAACUAAGGAAAUCAGAAGAUAGGAAUUAAGGAUAAAAGCAGAAAUUAAUAAGUUAGAAGAAUAAAUAAAUACAAAAUCUGGUU